GGCCGGAAAGCCCCGUCGCUAAGGAGCGGAGGCGUGAGGCCGUUUUUAUCCGCCAUGGGCCCGAAACGGUUCAAGACCGGCGGGGUGGCCUCGGCGGGGGCCGCGGACAGGAGCUGGGAGGCCGCGCUGGUGGCUGCCCGCCUCCAGGAGGAUGACUGGAAGCCUAGCAUCGCUUUCGUUGUUGGGACCAACGUUGAGGAUGAAAUCCACACCAAGGCCCUGUCUCUUGCUGUGCAGGUGCCACAGCGGAAGCUCUUCAGCGUGGUAACACGUGAAGACGUUUUCAGACAGAUCAGAGAAUCUGGAAAUCAAAAGGGAAAAAAGGUUAAGGAUGUGCCUAUGUUCUAUGAGGUGAUAGAAGUAGCCAAAGCCAUUCUGGAUAGUGGUGAAGAAAUUCCUGUAACGCUAACUGGAAAGCUGUUGAAAUUUCAACUGCUUUGUCUCAAACAGAAGGACCUUCAGAGGAGAGAAGCUGAAAAGAAGGCAGAAGAAGAGCAACAGAAGGAAAAAGAUGGAGGGAAAGAGAAAACUAAACCUCCUGGCAAGAAGGAGAACCUCCUUAGCGCCAAGACAGCUGAGAAAGAAAGAAAAGGAAAAAAAACAGACAUAGGCCCUCUAGCACCAGUCACUGUUAAAAAGGACACCCAACUGAAGCGACGGGGAGUAGUAGAAGAGGAAGACAAAUACAUUGAUGAUGAACCAGAUGAUGGUGCCCAUCAUUACUUUAUAAUUUUGGAUUUCCACAACCCUCAGCUGUUGCCUGUGAUGUCCGAGCUUGGGAUUAACAUUUCAAGUGUAAUUAGAAUUUCUUCUGAGAAUUAUAAGCCGUUGCAGACAUACUUGGAAGAAACUAAACUUCAGGGAGAAUCUUUACUUUCACCUGAAGUUGUAGAAGCAGAGAAAAGAAAGAAAGAUGAAGCUAUCAAAGACCUGGAAACAUUUUGGAAAUACCUGGAGCCAGUUCUGAACAGUGGAAAGCACGAAUCACGUCUCUUUGAUGUUGCCAGACUUCAUCACCUAGUUAAGGAGAGUGCCUUUCCCCCUGAUUGGUCUGACAGAGAAAUGCUGCUUGCAUUUGGCACUGCGCUGUUUGAGAGCAUUGCUUGUUUAAUGUAUGACUGCCUGGACUGGAGAAGACAGCAUUGUAACUACUUGGAAAACACCAAGUUUAUUAACGUGUCUGCAUUAUCAGAGAGCAAAUCGACACAACCAUCUGUAACUGAGGUGCAACCAGCAUCACAGCUUACAGCUUCAAAGAAAAAAGGGCAAGCAGAAGAAAUUCUGCCAACAGUAAUUUUGUCACAGGAGGAAGAAGCUUCUUUUUUGGCUACUUCUGUGGACAUGAGGUAUUACAAUGACUUGCUGAGUCAGAUUCCUGAGGAAUACUUUUCUGUACCCUUAAUGCUGAACUGCAUGUUGGAACAGGUUAUUGCAAGUGAAGAAGACCUUACACCACCUAGUCUGGUGGUACCAGAGCCUCGGGCAGAUGGGCUACAUCAUACCAUUGCAGAUCAUAUGGCCUCUCUCCUUCCUUCUCUUUCACUUCCUGAGAGUGAAAAAAAGAAUCUAUAUGACUACUUUUCUCCUAAAUACAGUGAAAAAAAGACUGUCACCCCCAAGUACCCUCUCUUAUUUAACUACCAUGAUACCCUGGCUCAACGGUUGCACCUGCUGAAGGUCCAGGAGAACUUAAAUCCAGAAAAGAUUGAACGUGAAAUGAUGCAUAAACUGCCUCUUACAGAACUUAUCCAUUUCACCCUUCCUUCAACUGAAAACAACACUAAACGCUUGGCCAGAGUUCACGAGCUCAUGCAUUAUUGUACCAGUGAACUUCUGAGUUGGGCUGAAGUAGAAAGAGCCUUCGGAGUGUUUACUUUUGAAAGCCUGAGGCUGACUGGGCUGAGUGACUCUGGUCUCCUGGAGAGCUCUGGAUCUAUGGUUGGAGGUGAUUCUGAAGUGUCUUAUAUCCCUUGGGAUAAUCCAGCCAGGUUUGCAAGACAGCUGAGACAACUCUUCCUUAUGGAAAAGAAGCUUAAUGGGAAAUCUCCAAGAGGCUCUGGACAUACAGAAACAAAUGGCAAAGGUGGAAGAGAUGAUCUGACUGAUCCUGUUUUGAACAAAGGAUUAGAUCUUCUUAUUUCUGAUAUGGCAAGUGUGAGUCCAGGAAAUUGUGGCCUAGGACCAAGCUUAGAAGAAAUAAAAAAGUCACAGAGGCGUUGUUUGACAGACUGGAGUUUCGCUGAGCAUUUUCAACCCCAUGUUCUUCUUCAGGUUCUUCAUACUGCAUCCCAAGAAUAUAGAUGUAUUGAUUCCUUUUAUCAUGCCCAAGAUAAGUCUUUGCUAAUGGUUCUUCACAAUCCUAUGAAUCAGUAUCGUUUGUGCCAAGAGACUUGGGAUAUUGCAUUGCACUCUAAUGUUGGAUUCAGGAACUAUCUCGAGCUGGUGGCCAACUCAAUUGAAGACUGGGUGAAAGAGGAAGAAGUCAAAUACCAAGAAGAGAAGAUGGCUAAGGAAAUAGAGUCUCUUAAACUGGAAAAAGCCAUGGCAGAAGGACCUUCUGAAUUGUCUGCACGAGCUGUCAAAAAAACUGGCUUCCCUAAGAAAGCCGAAAGCAGCACAUCAGGACCUGAGAGCGUAACAGAGACCAUUCCAGAAUCUCAAUCCAACAAUGAAAAAAGUCCUUUUGUCAGAGAAGGUUCUCUAAAGGCUUGGAAGGAGGAGCAGGUCCGAUUACUAGAGGAAGAACAACUUAAGGAAGAAAAAAAAGGAAAAAAAGAAAAUUUUGGAGGUAAAAAGAAAGGACAGGAGAUAAUACACGAAGAAAGUAAAGGUUCCAACAAGAAAUCUUCCGAAGAGAAGUUUGAAGAUGAGCCAGCAAAAGCCCCUGAACUUGAGGAGGAUCCCAGCAUCCCAGAACCACAUUCUGAGAAAGUUUAUAAGUUUCUUGGCUACAAUACAGGGGAGGAUCUCAUUCAAGUAUCAGGAACCAGUCAAUAUCUUUUCCCAUCUGAUGGAGGACAGAUUCAAGUAGAGAAGAUAGAGUUUGUAAAAGGUCUAACUUUGGUAAAGGUGAAAGUGAUAAAAGACAACCACAAUUUCUUCAUUCAUAUCACAGACCCCAAGAAGAACUUAAAAGAAAUCGAAGUGCAAGAAAUUAAUGAAGAACAGAAAACUAGAUCAGGAAAAUUGAAAAAUCAAAAGAAAGCUGUGAGCAAGUUUGGAUCUUUUUCAGCCACCUUGGAAAAUGGAAUCCAGCUGUCCCUGAGCUAUUAUGGACCUACAGGGAAGACAGCAGAUGAUAAAACAGAUCCUGUCUUAGCAAGAAUUCUGGAUGUCCCUUCUGUUCAUAUUCCGACUAUAAUUUCUCCUGUUACAUCAGCUUCAGGAAAAAAAGAGAAGUCCGUCAAACAAAAAUCAGGAAAAUCUCUGUCAUCUGCAAAAGCAAGCCAUGGCAAAAUAGGCCCUCCACCAUCUGAUGACCCAGUAAAGCAAGAAGAAGGAAAGAUGGAAAUGGAAGAAUCAGCUUCCCAAGCACAAGUGAUGUCAAAUGCUCGUGCUUUCCCAAGUUUGAACGUCUCCUGUCCCAAUGGACUGGUAUUAACUUUCCUUGGUGAAAGUUUUGGAGAUUUGAAAGGUGAAGCCACUACAGCUGAAGCUAAGAAAGAGGUGGUAAAAAAGAGUGAGGCCAAAACAGAUGAAGCCAAGGAAGAGGAGUUUGAGAAAGGUGAGGCCAAAGCAAAUAAAGCAAAGGAGGAAGAGGUUAUGGAAAGUGGAGAGAAGGAACAUGAGGUUACAGAAGGUGAAAUAAAGCAUGAAGACACCAAAAGAGAACAGGCCAAACAGCCUACUCUGGAUAUUUUGGUUAGACAGAGUUAUCCCCAAAAGGUAAAGAACUCUCAUCUCUAUACAUCUGUGGCAAGGCAAACAGAACAAGAGGUGUCAAGAGUCAUCACCAGUCAAGGAACUGUCAUAAAGUACAUGAUGGAUGGAUCUACCCAGAUUCUGUUUGCUGAUGGCACAGUGAGUAGGAGUCCUGAUUCUGGCCCUGUCCUACCACCACCUACAAUUCCAGAUAACGUGCAACCGUUACCAGAAUCGGAGCCUUCACCUGAGACCAGCACUAAGAAAGGGAAAGGCAGUGACAGAAACAGUAUAUCACACCCAAACAAGGAUGAGUUCUUUGAAAAUACUGUGCAGGGUCUGGUUAAUUCUGAGCAACCUAAGGAGAACCUGGCAGGAACCUGGAUAACAACUACUCCAUCAGGCAUUCGAGUGGGCACGGAGGGAGGAAAGAGAAUGGAUCUGAAACCAGUCUUAAUCUAUCAGGCAACUGACCCAGCUGAUGGAACGGUUAUGACUGUACGAGACGAUGAAGUGAUAAUUGUUGAGAAGCUGGAUGGCAGCAGAGUAGUAGAUCAUGCUGAUGGUACUAGGAUCACAACUUUUUAUCAAAACUGUGAAGAACUUUUUGUACCAGAGGAUAGUGAGGAAACAGAUGAACCCUCGGAAGCCAUCACAAGGAAGGUGAAAUGUAUGCAAGUAGAGAAUCCUGAGUUUGCUACUGUUAUAACAAAUUGUGAGGACGGUACCUGUUGUACCAUCUUUGGAGAUGGGACUUCUAUUAUAGCAAAGCCACAGGGAACAUAUCAGGUUUUACCCAUGAAGACAGGCUCUCUUUUCAUUGAUGAAGAUUGCUCAGCAGUUUAUACCCAUGAAGUUUACAAUUUCAUCAGCAAGAAAGAAGAGAAACAAGCAGGGAGAUACAUUAUGAAACACACUUCCAGCACUAUUUGUGAGAUGAUGGAUCCUGAAGGAAAUCUUUUUAAGGUCAUGGCUGAUGGCAGCACAUCUGUGUGUGUUCCUAGCAUUGGCUCUCAUGACAAGGAAGACAGAAGUUCGGCAUCAGCACUCCCAGAAGUUAACAAACCUAUCGCUUAUGAUGAGCAUGUCCCCAGGUUCUUCAUUGUCUACACGGAUGGUUCUGGAACUGAGCUCCUGCGGAGCAGGGAUGUACGCCGGUAUCUUGCCGAAGCCUGUAGCGAUCCCGCUGCUGUUGUCUUGCAGGAUCCUGUACAAGAACGUCCAGGUGUUUUAAGUAUUACUAUCCUCCGCCCUUUGGCUGAAGAAUCCCCCUGGGUAAUGAAGAAAGAACCAGAGAGUAUUGUUCCUCCAAAUCUUCAGUCAAGGACCUGGGACACAUUUUCUCCUCUUGAGAGGAAGAUCACAGGUCCCUCAGUCAGAACACGUAGUUGGAGAGGUCUCUGCAUUGGAUCCAAAGAGCAGACGUGCUUGCCAGUACCUGUGCGAAAAUGUCCUAAUAAACUGCAAAUCCGUCAGCUAUUCCAAUAUGAGCCACUCAGUGAUGAACUAAGAGAAAAGCUGCAGCUUUCCCUUAAGGAAUAUAUAGACAACAUUUUAAAGCAGGAAAAUGAGCUGGAAGAAAUGAAUGUAAAAGAACCAAGAACAGAAGAGGAAAAGGAGAACGCUGCAAGUCUCCUUGAACUGGUUACGUCCUUCCCUAACUGGGAGAAGACAGCUGAAAAUCUCAGUGAUAGAGCUCGCAUAACUGAGCUGUAUGAACAGGCAGUGGCUUCUCAUCGCCAGUGUCUCACAGAGAAGACGAUCACUAUGCAAAGAGAGGACCAACAGCAGAGGUUCAGCCCAGAAGGAGUAACACCAGUGUCCAAGUGGCAGAGCAGACUAGAAGAGCACAGGAAGGAACUUGAUGAAGAAAAGAAGUCCUUAAUGGCAAUAAGAAACAAAAUAAUUCCUCCGUAUUUUGAAUCAGAAUUCGGCAAGUUUUUCCCAAAAAAGUUUCCUGAUGUGGAAGCACUGUCUAUGGAACUUCCUCCAGUUCGAAAAAAAGAAAGUGGGAAUUUCCCUCCAGAGACGAUCAAAAAACCCAGUAGAGCAUCUGAAUGUCUCGAUACCAUGAGUGAUUCCUCACCUUUACCUGGUCUUCUACUGCAGGCUCAUUCCAAACAAAAUGAAGGUUCCAGCAGCACAACAGACCUAAACAAGGCUGCAAGAUCACAGGAGACACCCUUUCAACGUAAAGUUCAGAGUCUGCUGGUGGAUGCUGCAGGACAGCCAAGAAAAGAGAAAGUGAAAUUACCGUCAUCCUUUCAGGGGAGAAAACCAAACUCCAUACCAAAUAAAAAGGUGGAAGAUCCUGUCGCAGGAAACGUCAACACAUCUUCUCUUGCAACAAGAAGACAGCAUCUUAGUGGCUUCCAUCUCAUUCCACCCAGAGUGAUGCUUGGAGUGCUAAAGGAAGGCUGCACCUAUGCAGCCACUGUGAUCCUGAAGAAUGUUGGUGUGAACUUCUCAAGGUUUCGGGUAAAGCAGCCACCUCCACACACAGGACUGAGAGUGAUGUACACACCAGGACCUGUGGCAGCAGGCUUGCAGGUUGAACUGGAGAUAGAGAUUUUUGCCAUGGUAACUGGAGGGGAAGAUGCUGGUGGUCUUGAAGAAGUUUCCCAUGAUAUUGAAAUAUUAACAGAAACAGAGACUCUGCUCCUACCUGUGAGAGCAACUGUGUUAACCAAUAACAUUUAUGAGUGCCGCCCACAAGGAUACCCCCAGGGUGGGAUGGCAGCAACAGUCCGGGCAGUUCCCGCAAGCCCCAAGCCACGGUUCCGGAUUACACUACCCCGAAAGCUUUCUAGUUAAUGUCAGAGCCCUAGAAGAAUAACAUGAAGAUCAGCAAUACUGAAAUACCCAAAUUGUAGUCCAGCGUUAUGGAAACAUCCUGAUGUAGACUUUUUCAUUUAUUUAAUCAGAUUAAUGUGAAUAAAUAUUUUGUCUGUCUCUUAUUAAGGGGAAAGGUGGUCCAAAA